UCUUUCGCGUCUGCAUCGUAAAACUGUUCCUUCGUGCGUCGCGCGUUAUGAAUUUUCCGACGAUCGCACGGAAGAUCGAUCGAUCGUGACCGCGAGGAAUUUUGAUCGAGGACGAUUCGAUGGGGCUUGAUCGUGGUUCCCGUUGAUCGUUUCAUCGGUGAUCGACGUAGUCGGAAGUCAAGGCUGAUCGGGAAUCGACGCGCGAUCGACGAUCGUUUCGAGUAUCGGGAUACAUCGAGUGCAUGUUAUAAGCCCGAAGUAAAAUGUUGUCGCGGGACUUGUUGACUUUCGCGACGAUGGUGUCGAGUCUAACUGUGGUCGCUGGUGCUUCCGUGGAUCUCGAUUCGGGGGACUACGAGGUGCUCGCAGAUAACGAGGGAAAACCCGAUGACAACGACUCACCGUACGUCCGAGAAGUGAGGUGCUAUUGCAAUCAACCGGAAUGCGUGCCUCAAGGAUACAUGUGCCGUGGCAGGGGCUGCUUCACCGAAUUACCAUCCAAUGCAAAUCCGAUAUUAUUAAGAGGAGCACACAGCGCUUACAGUGGUUGUCUCGACGAGAGCUUCAAAGAUCGGCAAUGUCCCACGGGAUACCUCUGUUGCGAGCAGGAUCUCUGCAACCACGUAGAUAGCCCAGCCAUGAGAAACAGGCUCAACAAGACUCUUCAAGUGUUGGUGGGUGACCAGCGACCUUUCCUUGGCCCAGUGCAGCCGAUCAAUCAUGGGGGUCAGUCAACGGAUGGAUGGUUCAAGACUGCCACAAUCGCUGUACCGAUUUGCGGUCUAAUCGUUCUACUGAUACUGGCCAGUCUUGCCAUUAGAUUACUUCAACCCGAGCCUACGCAAAGCGACAAACUCGGACCACAUCGAAUGCCCGAUAAUGGGCCGCCGUUAUUAGGACCACCGAAAGUGCCUCUCGUUUAAUUAUCUCGCAAUCCCAAAGACGUUCGAUAAAGUGUUCUAGCGGAUAGACAUUAGUAAGACUAACUAGAAAGCUAGCGGGCUUAUAUAGCUCCACUUGGCUGUGAAUUUUGUGAAGAAAAAGCGACUGCUGUAAAUUAUAACAUUGCAUGUUGUGCAUCGAUAGCUGCAAUUCCUCUCGACGACGACACUGAAUGACGGUCGUGAAAUUUAAAGAGUGAGAAAGGGCCAAUGAAACAGCACCUUUAUACAUGACGUUGAUUAAAAUGAAAAAGAAAUAAAGAAGAAAGAAAUGAAACGCAUGAUAUCGCCUUUAUUGUAGCAUUGUAAAUAGAUUAUGUAUUUUGUAUCGUGUAUUAAAUGAUAUCGCUUAUUUAGGCGGCGUACAAAUUGUAAUGUAAUCGCGUUUCACGAUGUCGUCGAACUUCGAUGUUUAAAGACGGAUCUAGCCACGGAUUGUAGUAACGUUACAAUAUAAUCUCAUGGGAUACAAGUAUAAUCCUGCAAUAAGAGUAAGCAUUUUUUCCAUCGAGGAACAAUACCGAUGAAAAAUGAAUGAAGAACACUAAAAGUCUGACAUUUGUUUUUUUAAUCGUAUAAGAUACCUUCUUCCGGAAAUCAGUUAUUCUAGUACAUCGUGUACU